AUGGAAAGUAAACUUUCCCUGAUAAGCGGAAAUCGAGCCCGCCGGGACAGUCAGCAAAUUUCGAUCGGAUGCUUUACUUCUGAGGUGAUUGACAUUACUAGAGGAUAUGUGUUAGAUUUGUUAAAGGAUUGUGGUAAUGCAGCAACCGAAUGGAAGCCGUGCAUAGAACGUAAGAUCGCAGAUCAAGUGUUUGGUUCGUGUUGUGAUCGUUUUAUACCGCCAGAAUGCCGAGGUCUAUGUAUUUACGAGAACAAUCCCAUUGAGGCUCGUGUAGUUUUGAUGCACACCAUUCAACCGUCACGUUGUCGUCUCUACAAGUAUCUGAGUUCAAUUGUUCACUGCGCCGCACAAACACACGACAAUACGCAGUGUUGUAAGGAUAUGGGUGUGAACGAUAUCGGCAAUCAGUGUCUGCAGAUGUGUAAACCACAGGCGAAUCCACGUCAGCUAUGGGGCUUUAAGUCAUUACGUAAAGAUCUUGUAGUGUGCUUAGCGAAGUGGGAUCAAAUUAUGCAAUGCCAUCAGUCCGGUCUUAGAGCUAGAAAAAUACCCAAAACGCCAAAAUCAACCACUCAAUAA